AUGGUCGGUUCUUUUUUCCGUUUUCCAGACUUUUAAUCGCAUUUUCAGCAUCUUUUGACACUUUUUUACCUACUAAUAACUCUUCAUUUCUGCUUCUCCGCAUCCGUAAAGAUCGUCGGAAAGUUCGUGUGUAAUGGGAAUCCGUGGGUCGAUGAGACUGUGUCGAUUUACGAGUCAAACUACGGUAAGCUUUCAAGAAACAGUACAGGUUACUGUAGGUACGGUAGUUUCAGUACUGCCGGACAGUCUGCUCAACCAAAACGUCACCGAUCAAAAUGGAGAGUUCGUCGUGAACGCUUCUGGAGACGAUGUGGCUUGGACUUUCAAUAUCCGAUCUUCAAAAUUGCUCAUUUUCAGGUGUACCCCAUCCGUCCGUACGUCUAUCUGCCCAACUAUUGCAAUGCGGAAGUGGUACUAUCCGAAAGUUCACCGAACAUCUUCCCCAACUUUACAAGUAAUUCCAGUUUCUCGGCAAGGAAUGGGCGACGUACUUGCGCAUCAGAGUGCCCGAGUUCUACGUGGAUCGAGCCACCGACGAGGCUAGAUUCUUUAUGAAUUUAGGCACGAUCGAGUUGAACGGAGUGAGCACGGAGCAGAUGGGAUUCCAAAAGUUCACGGACUACAUCAGGAACUUUGCGGAGAGCCGAUCGGUCAAGGAAAAGGUCGAGAAGAAGCUGAAAAUGUCUGAAAUGUGA